UUUAAAUUGGCCUGGAGUUGGGUGUGGGUGAAAAGUCCGUGUGGGAUCUAUCUUUACCCUUAAGUUGGGAAGAGAGGGAUGUAGAGUGAGGCGUUGUGUUAGUGCUGACUUCAGGCAGGGCUGGUUGGUGAGUGAGACAGAGCCAGUGAGAGCUUGGGCACUGUCGUUGGAGAUUGGGAGCUGGUCUGCGCAAGUGACAGUUGAGACAUGGAUUCCCUCCAACAGAAAGUAUUACAGUUGAUAAGGAGAUUCCGGAAAGGAUGGUGCCAGCUUCUGGAGCAUGAAAGAACUACUGUCUGUGGUGCUGAUAAUAUGCUUAUGGUUUUGCAGCUUGCUAUGGCUGAAAUGAAUAAAGAGUCCUAUGGAGAAUUCAGUGUAACCUUGAGUGACCUGCUCCUGUCUUGGAAGCAUUUACUUCAGGAGAAGCUGGAGUUGCUGAAUGAGUUUGAUGUGACACCAGAAGGGUACAAGAAUGUCCAAAAAACAUAUGAGGCUUUUCUGAGCAGAAGUAACUCUGUGGAUCUGAUUGAUGUCUACAAGAUCAGUACCAACUUAAAACCUGAAAGUGAUCCUACAGCAAUACUAUCAAAGACAGAGCUGUUAAAUUUCCUGUUGGGCACUUCAAAACCAUCACAGGAGUCACUUUCACCAGCUCCCACUUCUCUGAUCGAAGAGAGUAAUCAGACCAUUGCUAAGUUGGCACCAGCUUUGAGGAAGCUCCUUUGUGAUUAUUUGCACUUACUCGUGAACUCAAAGAGUGACCUUGCUCUGGCAUGUAUCUUCAAUAUUCCUGAGCGAGGGUUUGGAAAAACUGCCUUCACAGAUCUAAGACAUGCAGCGCGCAACAAGCAAACAUCACUGUACCUGGCUGCAACAUCCUUUAUUAGGUGUUUGGAACUUGGAGGAAAAAGCUAUGCUCCUUCAAACAAGGACCCACUGAUGCAGCAUGUCAAAGGGCUUCUAGAUUUGGUGCAUUUCAUAGAUAAGUUGCAAGAAAUAAUUGGAGAAACCCCAGAUUCCAGUAUUGCAGCUGGUCAGAUCCUGUCCUGCAUCAAAAGACGACUGUUUAAAGGGAAAAGCAAUGAGAGCCCAUUCUGUCUGGCUGCUGAGGAGGCCUCAGAAGAUCUAACAAUGAGGAUUAAUAAUGUCGUCAACUGUCAGCAUGAGUCCACAGAUGAAACGAUGACUGACAUCAGUCCUGCACGGCCCAAGGUUUAUGCUAUCAACCAUGCUACGGCAUAUGGUGGUCGGAGAACGGUGAAAGCGUUGAUAGCUCUGCUGGAUGAAGAAGCAGCUCACCCUCCAAGUGAAGGCAAGGCUGAGCUGCUCUACGGCACUGAACAAAAUGCAAACAUCAUUGGAAUUCCGUGCAUGCUGACCCUGUUCAGGUCUCCAACUCCAUCAAGUGGCUUAUCUCCAAAACCCUUGUGCCAUCGCAUUCAGAAAAAAAUCCAGAAAGAAAACCUAGCCAAGGUGAAGCAUACUUUGAUCAAGUCGCAGUUCUCUUGUACAUAUAAAGAGGAUUCUACACCAAACAUCAAACAUUCCAGUAAUCCCUGCCUUGGCCAGGCUUCCACUUGUAUCCAAUCUGAACCGAGACCCGUUCUCACGAUCUUCUGUGAUGAAGAAUCUAUUGGAGGUGAAUCCUGUCAAACGUCGGCACUAUCCGCAGGGCAGUCGGCAACCUCAAGGGAACAAGAAUGUGAAGCAAUUUUCAGGAAAGAGGAAAUGGGAAAUCGAAAAGACUGCCGGAAGGUGUCAAAGCGGAAAUAUGUGGAAAUGGACGGUGAUACAGGCUGUGAAACUGAAUUACGUAGUUGUCCCCCUGUCACACAGAAGGGAAAAAUGGGGAAGACCACAAAGACCAUCCGAACUAAGGCCAAAAAUAAGUUAAUUCCUGGACAAUCAAAACUCACCAAUUUCUUUAGGAUUUAGUAUUUUAUUUCUGUUCUCCUUUCAAAAUCAGAUGAGGUGUUUCAAAUGUCAAAUUCAUGAUCACAUUUAAUUAGUGUGAAUUUAUUUUCAAAAUAUAAUACACAGGCAACUCUCAUGAUUAUGAAUGCAGAAAAUCUAAAACUUUUUAUUUCUUUUUGAAUACACUAACUAACUAGUUCAGUAAUGAGCAAUUUCAGCUUAAAGCUUUCACUGUCUAAAGCAUGGAGAAUAAAUCACACAAAGGACUAA